GUGGACCAAUGGUCUAAUUCAGUGCAAGACUGCUUCCUCUGUGGGAAGACAAAUAGGAUUGUGAUUCAAUUCACAGUGGCACAAAAAUCCAAAUGUAAUACAGCAUUGUUGUAAAGAAGCAGGAAAGCAGAGUAGUGGAACAGUCAGGCUGGGGGAUGGAAGGCUUCCAGCAGAGAGGAAGACCAGAGUAAGCCACACAAAGCCUUAAGCUCAGCUCAACAGGAGCUGGAACAUUUCCCAAGCAUGUGAAAAUAGUUGAGGUCGGUCCACGGGAUGGCUUGCAGAAUGAAAAGAAUAUUGUUCCCACUCACGUGAAAAUUGACUUAAUCAACAUGCUAUCAGAUACGGGUCUUUCAGUUAUAGAAGCUACCAGUUUUGUAUCUCCAAAAUGGGUUCCACAGAUGGCUGACCACACAGAAGUCAUGCAAGGCAUCCGGAAGAUUUCUGGCAUCAGUUACCCUGUUUUGACACCUAACCUCAAGGGUUUUGAAGCAGCUGUGGCAGCAGGAGCCAAGGAGGUGUCAAUCUUUGGAGCAGCAUCUGAGCUCUUCACAAAAAAGAACAUCAACUGUUCCAUAGAGGAGAGCCUGCAAAGAUUUAGCGAUGUCCUGAGUGCAUCAAAAGAAGCUAAUAUUCCAGUCCGAGGCUACGUCUCCUGUGUUCUUGGCUGCCCUUAUGAAGGAAAGAUUGCUCCUGCUAAAGUGGCAGAGGUAUCAAAGAAAAUGUAUGCAAUGGGGUGCUAUGAGAUUUCCCUUGGCGAUACCAUUGGUGUUGGGACCCCAGGCAAUAUGAGGGAGAUGCUUUCUGCAGUCAUGAAGGAGGUGCCCGUUGGAGCUCUUGCUGUUCACUGUCAUGACACUUACGGACAGGCUCUUGCCAACACACUCGUAGCACUUCAGAUGGGUGUGAAUGUGGUUGAUUCUUCAGUUGCUGGCCUUGGAGGCUGUCCUUAUGCUCAGGGAGCAUCAGGAAAUGUGGCAACAGAAGACAUGGUCUACAUGCUACAUGGUCUUGGGAUCCACACAGGUGUGGAUCUAUCCAAGCUCCUUGAAGCAGGCGCUUUUAUCUGCAAGAUGCUGAACCGGAAGACCAAUUCAAAAGUCGCACAGGCCACCUGCAAACUGUGAAAUAGAUCAGGGCCUUCACUGAACUUGCUGCAUGGCAGUCUGGAAACUGCCAUGUUAGUAUUCGCUCCCCUAACUUUAUUUAAGCACUCUCCAAUGCCUCAGAACUGAAAGGCAGGAAGAAGGGAUUGUUGGAUUUUACAGUAAAAGGAAGACAUAAAAGGAAUGUGGAACACUAUCUGUAUCUGUCAAACGUGUUGGAUGUAUUUGAAGGUGGAUGUUACAGUUUUUCUUUUAGGAGCAAAUGUAUUGUUUUGAUCUUGCCGUUAUUUUUGACACUGGCCUCUUGUUCCUUUUGCCUGUAAGCUGUUUUGUAGUUGGGGCUACCAGACUCUGCACAGCACCCCCCGGUCUCUCUUUCACUCAGCACUUGAGGGUAUCUGUUGAUCUAAAUAUCUAAGGCUGCAGAAAAGGAAAGGGAAAGUAGUUUAAUAUUUUCAUAAUUAGAACUUAAGAAAGCUACCCCUAAAAGUUUAAUGACACACUUCUGUUGGCUUCAGAGAGUGAAAAUCCUAACUAAACUCCAGUGCUGGGCUUUCUAAAGAUUCCAACUGUCAGGGCAAACUUUCCUUUUCAUAAGCUCUUGGAUCAUUAUGAUCCUUUUUAUGGUAGGAGCCUAAAAGUCUACAGGAUUUGUCUUUUCAAGCGUGGAGGCAAGAAAGUAUAAGCUGGGAUUUCUCCCCAAACAAAGAAUAUAGGAUCUUAUUUGUGCCACUUGAUUUUCUUCCAGUAUUCUGCCCAAGGGAAUCAAGGAGUAGUCAGAGACAUACAUACCAGCAUGUAUGUCAAUCUACCACAAAGGAAGAAGCAAACAUAGUAAGCCAAGUCCAGACCAAGAAUAGUGCUCCUUGGCCAGGUUAGAAGUGUGGACUGUAAGAGUCCUGAAACUCAAACAAGGUUAAGAGUUUCUGAGUGACAAGACUGGUGGUUGCAAAUGUUUCUAGCAACAAAUGUGAGUGGUGUAUCCACUUAGGACCAGAUGACCAACUGCAUCCUGGAUUUGCUUGGCACUCAUUAAUUUGUCGCCUGGACUUGCAACCUUGCAUUUUGGUGGUGUUCAUCUUGCUGAGCUUCUGCACGUUAGCACUUCUUUUCUGGGAUUGAUCUUGGGACCCAGCCCAUGUUCCACACAUGUAGAUGAGUAAGGUUCCAGAUGGAAGCUCUGGGUCUGGGGUGCUUCUGGGUUUUUGACCCCCAUUUUCCUUGUCUGAGAUGGAUUUUACACUUGGCCACCUUUGCCCACAGCCCAAGAAUUAAAGUGCUUUCCACUCUUCUCCCAUUUUUCUGCUCCAACCUUUCUAAAUUCCAGCUGGAGUGGAAUGGCCCCAUGGUGCCUUCAGCCUUUUGCAGUGCCUCAGUUUUUCCUCCCCCUCAAAUCCUGUUUGCCCAACUCCCACUUCCUUCAUUAUUUAGGAUCUUGUAAUCUUUUGGAAGUAAAGGAGCAGCAGUUCUGUUUCACACAUUCACUCAAAUAAGAUAUCUUCAAAAGCAGAUCAUUUUCUAAAAAAUCUACAAAACCUUUGUCGAAGUAAUGCUAAAUUAUGGUUCUGCUAUUUUUACAGAUUCUUAUUACUGGGGAAAUCACUCAAAAUUUAUUACAACAGUUUUUCUCAAGAUGGUAGCCUAUAGAUGUAGUAAACUACUAAUCCUAUAAUUACAAGUCAACUUUGCCAAAACAUAUUAUAAUCCAAUAUAUCUGAAGGAAAAAAACCCAGAUGCAUCACCACGUUUAUGUGACAUGUGAGACUACAAAUUGUUACUAAACUUUUUCAGCAUAAUAGUAAAGAAUGCAAUCUGAUUGCUUUUUAUUUAUUUUAUUAAUCAGACUGGUUUAUUAAAUAAUAAAAUAUUUGUUAAAUUGG